CCCGGCUCCGAGAGUGGGACCGUGGCCGGGAGAGCCUCGCCAGGGCCGGGCAGUGCCGCGGGCGCCCGCGGGACGCCGAUGCUGUAGGACGAUGCCGUGUGGAGCCGGUGGCCGCGCGGUGCUGGCGCUGAUGACUCUGUCCCUCGGCCUCGCAGCCGACGAGCUGCUGUGCGCCUGCGACGUGCCCUUCUGCAGCCAGCCCACCUGCACGGGCAAGGUGUGCUUCGUCAGCAAGAGGAGGGAGGAGGGGACCAUCACCCAGCACCGGGGCUGCUUCUCCCAGAACAUCCUGGAGCACUGCAACACGCCCGUGACGGAGCAGUACGGCAUGAGGUGCUGCGAGUCCCGCAUGUGCAACGCCGAGCUGGAGAUCUUCCUGCAAGGAGAAGAUGCCCUGGGAAAAGUGCCUUCCCUGCCCAACCUCCUCCUGAUGAUCUUCGUCCCGCUGCUCGCCCUCCUCGUCCUCGCGGCGCUCACGGGGCUCUUCUGCUGGAAGGUGGCCCAGCACCGCCAGAAGCAGAGUGACCUCAGCGACACCGACCUCAUGCUGAAGGCAUCCAUGGUGGGAGACAGCACCUUAGAGGACCUGCUGAACGACGACUGCACCACGGGCAGCGGUUCGGGGCUGCCCUUCCUCGUGCAGAGAACGGUGGCUCGGCAGAUCACCCUCGUGGAGUGCGUGGGUAAAGGGCGCUACGGCGAGGUGUGGCGAGGCGUGUGGCACGGGGAGAGCGUGGCCGUGAAGAUCUUCUCCUCCCGCGACGAGCAGUCGUGGUUCCGCGAGACGGAGAUCUACAACACCGUCCUGCUCCGGCACGACAACAUCCUGGGUUUCAUCGCCUCUGACAUGACGUCGAGGAACUCCAGCACCCAGCUGUGGCUCAUCACCCACUACCACGAGAACGGCUCCCUCUACGACUUCCUGCAGAGAACGGUCCUGGACGUGGAGACCUGCCUGGGCCUGGCCUCCUCCAUCAUCUGCGGCCUCGUCCACCUCCACGUGGAGAUCUUCGGCACCCAGGGCAAGCCCGCCAUCGCCCACCGGGACCUGAAGAGCAGGAACAUCCUGGUGAAGAGCAACCGGCAGUGCUGCAUCGCUGACCUGGGACUGGCUGUCAUGCACUCCCAGGGCAGUGACUACCUGGACAUCGGCAACAACCCCCGGGUGGGCACCAAGCGCUACAUGGCCCCCGAGGUGCUGAGCGAGCAGAUCCGCACCGACUGCUUCGAGUCCUACAAGAAGACGGACAUCUGGGCCUACGGGCUGGUGCUCUGGGAGAUCACCCGGCGCACAGUGGUGAACGGAAUCGUGGAGGAGUAUCGGCCACCCUUCUUCGACGCCGUCCCCAGCGACCCCAGCUUCGAGGACAUGAAGAAGGUGGUGUGUGUGGACCAGCAGACCCCCGUGAUCCCCAACCGCCUCUUCUCCGACUCGGUUCUGUCGGCGCUGGCGAGGGUCAUGAAGGAGUGCUGGUACCAGAGCCCCUCCGCCCGCCUCACCGCCCUGCGCAUUAAAAAGACGCUGAAGAAGCUGAACAAUUCCCUGGAAAAGCCAAAGCCGGAGCAGUGAGAGCCGGGAACACGCCAGAGCCGCUCACGGGCUGCACCGGGGACUGCGGCGAGGCCGAUGUCGGGAUAGCUCCGGUCUCAGAGGGGUUUUGCUCACAGCCCCCGCCUCUCCCACCCCUCCUUGGAGCCAUUUGGAUUUGCAAAGACCGAAAAAAAUAGGAAAAAAAAAAAAAAACCAAACCACAGGAGGAAUCUUCCAGUCGGUUAUAAAAAUACCCCCCCGGAUCCGUCAUCCGACGCCGGCGCGUCUCAUCUGCCCGGCGGGGAGGGCAGCGGGUGCCUGGGGCCGGUGGCACACCCUGAGGCCCCCCGGCUGGACACCACCACGAGGGGCACCGAGGACAGAACCGUCCCCUGCUGCUGCACCCUGA